CCCCCCCCCCCCCCGGAUACCCCGCCAUGGUUUCCUCCGAUGUCAGAACGUUUUCCGAGCACCUGAAACGGAGUAAACGCAUCCUGGCGCUGCUUGGAGCCGGUCUCUCGGCCUCAUCUGGACUUCCGACGUUUCGCGGCGCAGGAGGUCUCUGGCGAUCCUACGAUGCGACCGAGCUUGCGACCCCGGAAGCCUUCGAGGCCAACCCGGAUCUAGUGUGGCAAUUCUAUAGCUAUCGAAGACAUAUGGCUCUCAAGGCGGAGCCGAAUCGCGCACAUCUAGCGCUCUCAGAGCUAGCGCGGCGGAAUAAGGACUUUGUUACAUUGUCGCAGAAUGUGGAUGGUCUUUCAGAGCGCGCACAACAUCCACGGGAACAGCUGCAUCUUCUCCAUGGGAAUCUCUUUACAGUAAAAUGCACAUCCUUUUACUGCAAAUAUUCCCGCUCGGAUGAAUUCGCGGACCCCAUUGUCCCUGCACUCGCCAUACCCAGGACCUUUCCAGAGUUGAAUCCAUCGGCGGAGGACAAAACAGGUGAAGAGGCUUCGAAAGCUCUCUAUAGUGCUAUGGGGAUAGGAGAAGGAGCAGAGGUGGAUAUUUCUGACGAGCGGGUUCCGCUACCAACACUAAGCCGCGAUGUUCUCCCGCAAUGUCCAGAGUGCGAGGGUGGUCUGCUUCGGCCAGGAGUUGUUUGGUUUGGAGAGUCUCUGCCGUUGCAUACUCUUGAUUUAGUGGACAAGUGGAUGGAUGUCGAUAAAAUUGACCUGAUCCUGGUGAUUGGGACUAGCGCGAGGGUGUACCCUGCAGCAGGGUAUGUCGAUGAGGCUCGACGACGAGGAGCUCGAGUGGCCGUGAUCAAUAUGGAUCAGAAUGAUGUUGGAAAGGGAGGACUCACGUCAAAUGACUGGUUCUUCCAGGGUGAUGCAGGGGUUGUGGUGCCGGAUAUCCUCAAAGCUGUUGUUGGAGAGAUUUGACCGUGCAUUACAUAGCUUAAGGGCUUUCUUUCUACGUACCGGUUUGAGUGCAACGGUCCUGUGGUUCGCGGCCUCCAUUCUAGGGCUUUAAAGCUAGAGGAAGCCAUAGCGAUUAUUCUUCUCGUAAUUAAUAUUAUUGGCUAUCUUACCCAAGUUUCGAUGUUUUUAACGCAUUUCUCUAGCGUUUUACCGUGCCUAUCCCGUACGGUACAUGGAAAUAGUUAGUUGAUAAUAGACAUAGGACCAACGGAUAUC